AUGGCAGAAUACAAACUAUCAUACGAGUCCCAACUGGACGUUUACCACCCAUCCUACCGCUUCGAAACACAUGAUCCACGAGACUGGAAAUCAGCCGCCGGCCGCGGCCCAGCACUCCCAGCACUAGGAAAUGCAACAGCGGGCGCUGUCGGCGCUGCCAUUUCCAACGUCGUGGUCUAUCCGCUCAAUGUGAUAGUCGCGCGGCUUCAAACUCAGAGGAGGAAAGACGGAGACUCGACCGAGAAAUCCAAUGGUAAUAGCGAAGAAGAGGAAGAGGACGAAUACACUAGUGUCUUCGAUGCCGCGCGCAAAAUAUACCUGCAGCAGGGUAUCAGCGGCUUCUAUCCUGGUCUCGCGCAAGAUACGUGGAAGACAGUGGCCGACUCGUUCCUUUUCUUCCUUGCCUAUAGUGCCAUUAGGCAGAAGAGGAUUGUGGCGCGUGUAGGUGCUGAGAAAGCGGCCAAGGGGAAGAAUAUUGUUCUUCCCGUUUUUGAUGAGCUUGCUGUUGGCAUUCUGGCUGGUUCGUUUGCUAAGUUGUUCACGACGCCAUUGUCGAACAUUGUUGCCAGAAAGCAGACUUCUGCUGCGCGGACAAAUGGCAAUGAGAAGAGUCUUUCCACAGGUGAUAUUGCUUCUCAGAUUCGGAAGGAGAAGGGUCUUGCGGGGUUCUGGUCUGGGUAUUCGGCUGCGCUGAUUCUGACGUUGAAUCCCUCACUCACGUUCUUUCUCAAUGAGUUCCUGAAACGGGCUCUGAUACCACGCGCGAAGCGUGAUAAACCUUCGCCCGCUGUGACUUUUCUGCUUGCGGCGCUGAGUAAGGUUGCUGCUUCGUCUAUUACUUAUCCCUUCUCUCUCGCAAAGACUAGAGCUCAGGUCCUCAAGUCUACUUCCAACUCUGGGACUUCACAACCUGCAUCCCAAGCAUCUUUAAUCAACACUUUCACACCACAAAUCAUCUCGAAGGUUAUAGCAAUUGCCCGGAAAGAUGGCUUCAAGGCCCUCUACGCCGGUCUCCAGGGCGAGGUCCUCAAGGGCUUCUUCUCGCACGGCUUCACAAUGCUAGCCAAAGACGCCGUCUACGCAUCUAUCAUCAAGAGCUAUUAUUUCUUACUCAUGCUCAUACGCCGCUAUCCCUCUCCAGAGGAACUCAUCGAGCGCGCGCGCGAACAGGCAGAGGAGUAUACAGAGAUUGCGCGAGAGGGAGCGCGAGAUCUAGCAGAACGCACGAAAGAAGGUGCUGAGGAGGUCUUGGCUGGUACGUCUGGUGGUGUGGCUGUUGAUAUGACUUCUAACUCGGCGAGUGCUGCUGAGGCUGCUGAGGCUGGUAAGGGGGCUAGUGGUAUUGAUGCGUCUUCUGGGUUAAAGGUUCCUGUGUCGGAGGUAACUGAUGAGGUUAACGAGACUGCGGAGUUGGUGGGUGAUUAUGUUGAGGAUGAGGCUGCUGAGUGGAAGAGCUUCUAUCAUUGGUUUUGGGAGAAGGACCGGGGGACGCAUAAGGUUUGA